CCCUUGGCCCUUAAUGCAGAAUGGGGGCCCCGGCGGCAGGAGCCUCUGCAACGGGCCUCCUUCCGGAGCCACCCACCCGCUUCCUGCGCAUGGGCAGAGGGGCCCCGGGGAGCUUCCUGUCUGCGGGAGGAAGGUUCUGCGCAGGAUCCGCACCCGGUUUCGCUCAGCAGCCCAUUGAGGAAGUUGCCAGGUGCUUUGGACAGGUUGCCCACCGAAGUACCAGCAGAAGAGAAAGGUGCCGGAAACAAAGAGGAGGAGGAGGAGGAGGAGGAGGAAGGAGAGACAACGGCCCCCCAGCACUGCCCCCAGAUCCCCCCCGCAGACCCCACCCACAUGGACCCGGGCCCCAAGGAGCCCUCCCGCAACGAGGGGCCACUCAUCGCCAACGGUUCUUCGGGAGACCGCUCGGCAGCCCUGCGCUUGGCCACUCGCCUCCACCGCCUGGACGGCAUCAAGAAGUCCCAGGUGGCCUCCUUCCUCCGGAAGAACAAUGAGUUCAGCCGGACUGUGGCCGAAGCCUACCUCUCCUUCUUCGACUUCCAAGGGAAGACGCUGGACCAGGCCCUCAGGUCCUUCCUGAAAGCCUUUGUGCUCACUGGGGAGACUCAGGAGCGCGAGCGGAUCCUGAACCAUUUCUCCCAGCGCUUCCACAGCUGCAACCCGGAGGCCUUCCACAGCCCAGAUGCUGUGCAUACCCUCACCUGUGCCAUCAUGCUCCUCAACACUGACCUCCAUGGGCAGAAGGUGGGCAAGAGCAUGUCCUGCCAGGCCUUCGUGGCCAACCUAGACGGCCUGAACGAUGGGCAGAACUUCCCCAAGGAGCUGCUGAAGGGCCUGUAUCACUCCAUCCGCCAGGAGAAGCUGGAGUGGGCUGCGGAUGAGGAGGAGGAGAAGGAGGGACCCCCCAAUGGGCCCCCACCCCCCUUGCUCUCCAGCCAGAAGAAGAGCAACCCCUUCCUGACCCUGCUGCAUGACCCUGGGGCCCGGACCUACCGCCAGGGCCCCCUCUUCCGUAAGAUGCACGCCGAGGCCGAUGGGAAGAAGACGCCGUGGGGCAAGAGGGGCUGGAAGAGCUUCCAUACUGUCCUGAAAGGGACCGUGCUCUACUUCUUCAAGGAUGAGAGCUGCACGGAGGCCUCAGAGGAGCCCAUUGGGGUGCACCAUGCACUGGCGGAGCGGGCCAGCAGGUACACCAAGCGGCCACACGUCUUCCGCCUGCAGACGGCCGACUGGCGCAUCUUCCUCUUCCAGGCCCAAAGCGCGGAGGAGAUGGGAUCGUGGGUCUCCCGGAUCAACCUGGUGGCGGCUGCCUUCUCCUCACCGCCCUUCCCGGAGGCCGUGGGCUCCCAGCGGAGGUUUGUCCGGCCCGUCCUGCCCACCGCACCCUGCAAGAGUCCCCUGGAGGAGCAGUACCAGGCGCAUGGGGGUUGUGCAGAGAGGGCCUCUCUCCUCCUGCAGGAGCUGCAGCGAAGCCUCCCGGGGGAGAAGCGCAGCCGCGGGCGGCACCUGGAGGAGUACCUGCUCAGGAAGGAGUACCUGCUGUAUGAGAAGCGGCGCUACGAGACCUACGUGCGGCUCCUGGGGGCCCGGCUCAGCCGCCCCAUGUCCUCCCAAGACCCCCACGACCUGGAGGCCGGCUUGGAAGGGGGGCCCGAAGAGGAGGGGGAGGAGGAAGAGGGGGGCACCCCGCGCUUGCAGAAGUCCCACUCCAGCCCCUCCCUCAACGUGGAGGGCCAACCCGCAACAAUAAGCGGCCGCACAGGGACCGGCGUGAAGGUCAAGCGCAACAUCUCCGAGCGCCGCACCGUCCGCAAGAUCCUCAUUCCGCGGAGGAACAAACUCUUGCUCUGACCGCAACCCCCCCCCCUCUUUGACCUCCCUGGCUCUGUGGCCCUUUGGAGGGGGGGGGCAGGAUCCCCUCAAUGGGGGCACAAAGUGAUGCCUGCCCUCCUGCGGCUGCCUCCUCUUCCUCUCCUUCCGCUUGGCCUCCCCAAGGCCUCCAAGACUCAGGGAAACGGUCCUGCCCUCCUGCUGUUUGUUUGUUUUUUUUGGGAAGGGCAAUCGUAGUGGGAUCUUUGUGCAAUAAACAGGUUGGACUGGA